AUGGCUGCCGCGUUCUUCCCUCUGUCGACCUCACCGCCGCUCCUCACCCGCCGCCCCGCAGCAGGCCUCGAACGCAUCCGCCGGCCGCCGCGCGGGCAGCAUGGCGGCUGCUCCGCGCGCCGGUUGCCGGCAGCAGCGACCGCCGGCGCAACACGCGGCCUGACACGGAGAGCCACGGCUGCUGCUGCGGCGGCGGCCCAAGGCCGCGCUCUGGCCGGAGAGGGCGCGGAGGAGGGGUCGCUGCAGAUGGUCCUGCUCAGCACCGCGGUGGCCGUGUGCGGUUCCUUCGAGUUCGGCACCUGUGUUGGGUAUUCUGCGCCGGCUCAGGCCGGAAUCGUCGGCGACAUUGGACUGUCCAAUUCACAGUAUGGCAUCUUUGCAUCUGUCUUGACAGUUGGUGCAAUGGUCGGCGCUCUGACCAGUGGCCGCCUUGCAGACACUCUUGGACGCAAAAUGACCAUGCGGCUGGCAGCAAUUGUAGGCAUUUUUGGUUGGCUUGCUAUAUACCUAGCCAAGGGUGCAACGAUGCUUUGCUUGGGACGAAUCUUGCUAGGCUACUGUACAGGGGUCCUUUCUUAUGUGGUACCUGUGUUCAUAUCUGAAAUAGCACCAAAGGAUCUCCGAGGAGGCCUUGCAGCCUCAAACCAGCUGUUUAUUUGUUCAGGGUGUUCAGCUUCCUACAUCAUUGGAGCAACGAUUCCGUGGCGCUCUUUGGUUAUCGUGGGAUUACUGCCUUGUGUGUUCCUCCUCGUGGGUCUUCCCUUCAUUCCCGAGUCUCCAAGGUGGCUGGCCAACAUCGGGAGAGAGAAAGAAUUCCGUGCUUCACUACAAAAGCUUAGGGGUGAAAAGGCUGAAAUAUCUGGAGAGGCUACUGAGAUUAUAGCGUACGUGGAAUCAGUUCAGGAUUUACCUAAGGCCAGGAUUCAGGAUUUGUUUCACAGGAAAAAUAUGUAUGCAGUCAUUGUGGGUGUCGGCCUGAAGGUCUUUCAGCAACUGGGGGGAAUAAACGCAUUAGGCUUCUAUACAAGCUAUAUCUUUUCAUCAGCAGGGUUUUCUGGUAAACUUGGGACCACAUUGAUCGGCAUUAUUCAGAUUCCAAUCACAUUACUUGGGGCCCUUCUCAUGGAUAGGAGUGGAAGAAGAACCCUUCUACUAGUGUCUUCAUCUGGCACAUUUGUGGGCUGCUUUCUUACUGGGCUAUCAUUCUACUUCAAGGCACAAGGAUUGUACACACAAUUGGUUCCUACAUUGGCUCUUUACGGCAUACUGGCAUACUAUGUGGCAUACUCAAUUGGAAUGGGACCUGUUCCUUGGGUUAUCAUGUCCGAGAUAUUCUCAAUCAACAUGAAAGGAAUAGCAGGAAGCUUGGUAACCCUGGUUAGUUGGGUUGGUUCAUUCGUGAUAUCGUAUUCGUUCAGCUUCCUUAUGGACUGGAACUCUGCAGGCACAUUUUUCUUGUUCUCAGCAGCGAGCCUGGUUACUGUGUUGUUCGUGGCAAGGCUAGUGCCAGAAACUAAAGGGAGAACACUCGAAGAGAUCCAAGAAUCACUAAUGGCCGGCACAUGA